GUCUUAUGGUUUUUCAAUGUACGAAACUGCUUUUCUUACAAUUACCAAUCAUGGUUUUGGUUCCUAAUACCGUCUAUGGACAUUCAAACUUGCAUGAACCGGUAAUCCCAAUUAACAAUGGUGUCCGUAGAAUAAAUAUUCUAUCAUAUCAGCAGGCGAAAUUGAGAAACUCAACUCAUGAAACGCGUCCUUCCUAUUCUACAAAGUCAUUAGAGCUUCAAAAUCAGCAUAGGCGGCGACCAAAUUAUUCUACUCAUCAUGUGGGAUCACGGAAACGCAACCGUUUGUUGAAUGAUCUUCAUCUAUUUAGGCAAACCCCUGAAGAAGAGCAAGAGAGUAUUUAUCAGGAAUAUUGCUCGUCCCGGCCCGUUUUUGGCUUCUCAAGUGUGAAUCAGGACUUCUAUGAUAAUCCUAUUGAGGAUCCGUUGUUGGACAGUUCUUUACGUACGAAGUAUAAUGGGCAAGACUUUCAUCAUUAUACAAUUGCUAGUAAAAUUCGUCAUGAAUUGAAACGCAGCAAUUCUCUGCAGCUUGUCAUAUUACUUGACAGUUAUAUUCAGAAUAUCCUUCACGAGAAGCUAGUUUCGUGGAGUUAUAAACCGGACGAAGUGUACCAGUAUGUUUCAGAAAGCUUUAUCAUUACGGCCUCCCUUGAUAUGAGGUUUAUACAUGGAAAUACUCGAUCUUCGCAUCGACACCAAUAUGUCCGUUUGGAUGUUGAAUGUCCAAAGAAUAUUAAAGCUUCUACAUUUGCAAGAUAUUGGAUUCAUUUAAUUAGCGCUUAUUACAACAUUAAUUCUACUUCUAUGUCAAGUCUCACAGGCAGGUUUAUCAUCUUGCAAAUACCUAAAAUGAGCAAGAACCCACCUGAGCAGUUGACUCGUCUAUUAGCAUCUUAAUUUAUUACGUAUCUAUGAAUGAACCAAAUUUUUUGUGAUUAUUACCUAACAUACAAUGUUCUUAAAGGUUGCUUGCUAUCAAAUUCGCCCACGAAUUUGAAGGUAUACGGCUACUUACGGAUCAAAAUUUAGGAACUAUAACAUUUCAUUAAACCAAUUUUUUUUUGUGAUUACUUUUUAUUUAAAGUUCAUUUGUUAGUUCCCCUUGAAACAUGCUUUUUUUGUUUGGAGAGAACUCUCGUAAAGGAAAAUCAUUAUGACUUUAUUGAAUUGGAUUUGAGGUUUAUUUAGUGUUGAUUUCAAAUAUGUCAAACAAGUCACUCAUACUUCCAUGCUUACUCGGAAGACUGGUUGAGCUUGUUUGCCUUGAAACACUUGACACAAAAGGUGGAUUUCUAUCCAAAGACGCUUGUGCUUUUGCAGAAUAAGCGCUUCCGUUUCUGACAGGAGAAGCUCUUUGUGAGGGUGCUGCAACUAUGGGUAGGCUUUCUGAUGAACGGACUCCAAGCGGAUUUUUUGAGUAACUAAGACGGAUUCCUCCUUUAGGGCUGUUUCUUAGGAUGGCACCUUGGAGUUUGUUCAAUGCUUGCGUAGCAUAAGAGAUUUCUUCAAAUUCUACGAAGCACAUUGGAUUGCUACCCUUUAUUUUAAAUGAGAGUCUGCGAUACCCUGGUUGUGUUGAGAAAAGCUUUCGCAAUUCCUUUUCUUGAUCGUACCCAGAAAUGUUCCCAACAUAAAUGGUAUUACAAGGAGUGUUUUGAUCUGAAUGAACAGUGGAUUCUGAAGCGGUAGGGUCAAAUUCUACUUGCAGUGUAUCAGCUUGAAAAGACGACAGCAAAUUGCUCUCAAGGUUUUGAGUUUUGGGGGUUGGUCGCUUUUUGUUGGAAGUUCUUGACUUAACGGUAUUUAAAUCAGGCAUUGGCUUCCAUUUGGGUGGACGUUGAAAUUCAGGCUCGUAUGGUGCUACACCGUUAAGGGGUAUAGCUCGAGGUCGAAUUGCUGGUAGCUCUUUGGCCGGGCUUAAACGCUCCAUUCUCAAAGCCUCUUCGAAAGGAUUUGAGCGAUCAAGUCCUUGUGAAGAUGAAAAAGAGUUUUCUUUUUGAUAUGUAGGCUUAUCAGCAACAUGGUAUCUGGCUUUAGGAGAGAUAGAGUGCGGUAAAGGUAAGUGUUCAUCCUCAAUUGUAGGUGCAAGACUACCGAAGAUAUCGUACGCGGGAUUGGCUUCACUAAUAUCCGAUAAUGUUGUCGGUAACUUUGUCAUUUUUUUCGAACCAGUGUUAUUAACUAGAGGAUUAUUGGUUGUGGUAUUAUAUCCAUUCUUAAGACUUUGGGACCCGUACCAAUUCUUAUCACCAAUUCCUCCAUUCUGGAAAGCCUGGUUAUUUUUCCAAGUCAGUGGAGAAGGACUUCUAAUUGAAGUUCUUGGUUGUGCCACGUAAUCGGAUUUAGGACCUUUGAAAGGUUCACAAUAUUGUAAAGCAUCGAGACUCGGGAAAGAAGAAGACAUUUUGCUUUCGGAAAUCGAAUCGAGAUAUUGAGAGGUUUCUACGCUUGGGGAAGGACGGAUAUUUCCUAGCAAAGUUGGGUCUACCUUCUUGUUCAUUUGCAUUGAAAUAGGAUUCACUGAUAGAGUCUGUCUUUGUUGUAGAUUAUCGGCAAUGUGAAGGUUGCCUUGAACGAUUGUAAAAGUGUUGGUUGGCGAGUUCAUAAGCAUUUGUUUAGCUUUGGUAGCCGCAUUGGGGUUAUUAAAGGUAACGAUUCCUUUACGAUGUCCUGAUUCAAUUACAACCCUAGAUUGAGUAUAGCCUUCGCAGAAUGUAAAGAUCCCACUGAACUCUCGGCUAUCAAUGUCGUCAGGGAGACCAUCGAGUACGUGGAGGGUGCAUGAGUCAAAGCUUUCAGGAGUGAAUUCGCUAAAUGAAUUUGAGCCACUGCUACUCUUCGAUUGUAGGGAUUUGUCGGUGUCAUCAAGUAUAUGCUCGGGAACUAAACUUGGGGUUCUUGACCGAAGAGAAAGACCGAGUCCUGCAUUCUGCGGAUCAAAGGAGGUAAGUGAGUUUAGAGUGUUUACGGAAAGUCGACCAUCUGAAACACUGCAGCUGUUCCCACGAAACUUUGGAGGGGAAUUUCCAAUUCCUUCUAAACCAGGAGAGGAAUCAUAAGCGGGAUUCCAGAAAGAAGGAUGGGAUUGCGUUGGAAAAUUGGGCGGAUAGCUGGGAGCAUCCAUACCUCCUGAAGCUGCACUGGAAACGUUCGUAGCAGACAAGGAAGGCAAUUUCGUUGGGCUCGUUCCUAUAGGAUUCAUAGUCGACAAGUACGGAGGGGCAGCGGAUUUGGCAGGUUGAGCAUAUGGAGCGUAGAGGUAAUUCAACGGAUGAGUUGCGCCGUUUGACAUUCCUGACAAUAAGGGAUUGAGUAAACUGCCAGUACUUCCAUUAUGCAUGUGGCCUGUCUGUGGUUGUUCAGGUGCGUUAUUCCAAGGAUUAGAAGAAAGACUAGAUACAGACAUUCUACUGCUAGGAUCUUCGGGUUUAGCACUUUUUUGGUGAUUGUUGAGUGUAGAUAAUUGACUCAUAGUGAAAGCUGAAAUUGCGAUGAAAGACGGCAAAGAAUAUAAAGAUUAAUUUACCAAUAGCAGACAAUGACUGGAAACACUGAUGUAGAACGAAGAAUGUGAGAACACUUCAAAUGAUGGCAGAUAAAAGUAUUAUCAGUUACUAAUACCCGAUGUCAGGUAAGAAGUAAAUAUAUGUGGGUAAAAAGUGAGUUUGCAAAGAAUUCAAGAUAUGAGGUUUUUGAUAACUUGAGAAGAAUGACUUGGGUCAAAAAUUGCGUUGUUUCUGUUUGUUUGUUUAUUUAAUAAAAACCGAGAAUUGAGGUAAACAAUGAAGCAAAAAAGCGAAAAAAACAAGAGAAUAGUUUAUUGCAAUGAAAAGAACAAGGAAAAUUUCAAAAGGAAAGGGAGAGAUCCAAAAACAGAACGCAAAAAUGGGGAGUCGCAACUAAACAAAUCUUAGAUUAAUGCUUUUCCCUGGCGAGGAAAGGAAUAUGCUUAAAAUAACGGGGAUUGUCAAAAGAACUUGGGAAGACACAAAAAGGUUGCUGGAUUUCUCAAAUAUAUAUAAUUCCUGAUUCAAUCAAAUCAAUGAGUGGAACUUCGGUAUCUGACUGAAGUAUAUGCUCACGUAGAAAGUCAAAGUCAAUAUCAAACACCGUUUAAGUUACGUGUUUGUUUGUUUGUUUGUUUUUGUAGAUAAGGGAACUCGAAAACAAAACACAAAAAAAUGGUAGAUUGCCAAAAUUUUGAUUAACGAAAGAGCCAAGACGAAUGUUAUGCAAUGAAAAUGGGGAGUAAAAAACGAAAGAGAGAAUAAUAAGGAAUAUAAAAACUAAAGAUGAUGAUGCAAACGAAAGCGAGAUGCUAAUCCGCUGAGAACAAGUCAGUGCAAAAUAGAAAAGGGAGUUAGGUGAUUGCUUUGAUAAUUGUUGAUUCGAAAAAACAAUUAGAACUAAAGCAAUAAAUCUAUAGCAAGAUAUAUAUAUGUAUAUAUAAAGAAUCGAAAUCCAGGCGUCUCCUUGCCUAAGGGUGUAGUAGACAGGCUUUAUAUACCUUUCCUUCAAAACCCCACUUGUAUUUAAAGACUGCGAAACGAAACUAUUACAAAAUCACGACCCGAAGCCAAAGAAAAAAAAAGAGCUAGAUCGGUUCUACUGAUUGAGUAAUCGUGCUGUAAGCACCUUCACAUGCAUGCAACAGCACCCUGAACUUUCGCUCUUGGAAACCUGAAAGGGUAAGGGUUGAAGAGAUCAUUCUUUUGAGUGAAUGAUAUUCCAGGAUGAAUUUUCUCUUGAUUUUCAUUUUAUUCUCUGGUUUCUGGCCUCUAAUUUCUGGUUUCUGGGUAGUUUUUUCCUUUUCUUCCUCGUUGGCGAUGUAAACAAACAGCUUUUUUUCGGUGACGCAGCUAGCUAUUUUUCACCCUUCGUACCUUAAAACCGACGUGGUUGGUUCCCCAUAUCCAUUUGCCUCUCCCUUCCUCUCUGAUUUCGUGUCUAAACUUUAUCAAAAUGGCGAUGUCAUAUAUAUGACAUCAAAUUAACGUAUCACCGUUGAUUGGAUAAUCUUAGCAUAUGGUGCUAAUCUUAUUUUUGCCGAUUUUUUAUCCUCCAAAAUUAAUGUUUGCGCUCGUUGCGCCACCGUCUCAUGUUGUAUAUCGUGGCAGUAAAACUCGCUAAAUGUCUUUAAACCAAAAUACGACAGUCUGUAAUACUUUCUUGGUAAAUUCAAGAAGCUUAAAAAUGCAAUUUAAAAAGGUUUGGAAAACAAAAUUGUCUUUUUUAAGAAAUACUGUAGAUAGAAGCAUAAAAGAGAAGUUUUUGUGUGUCUUCGAUUCUUUAGUGGUCAACAUUGGACGAAUAAAAUCCGUCAAUUUUUUGACAGCUCUUAUAUUACUACAAGGAGGGAUGGCAAUAAAUGAAAAUCCGCAGUUUUACUUGUCCUUCGCAAACGA